AUGCCGAGCAUCGGCGGCGCGAACGAGCUCCGACUGGGGUACUGGGACUUCGUGCAGCUGAUGCGGCUGUUGCUGGACCGGCGCGAGCGUGAGGUGGAGGACCGGACCGAGCGAACGGCCAGAGAGCUUCGCUUCUCCUGGAGCGAGGUGAAGCAGUUCAGGGACAUCUUUGAGGAGUGGUCGCGGCGGGAGCGCGAGGGCAACCAGGCGGUCAGCGGCGGCGCGCCGAAGACGGCCAAGUCGGCCAUGGCAAGCAUCACCCAGGUGGAUGCUGGCAUCUCGCCCUCGACCUUCGUGCGCGUCGUGAGGUCCCUCGGCGUGAUCGCCUCCCUCCGCCAGACGCAGGAGCUGGAGGCGAUCGUCGCGAAGCACCCCGACAAAAACCGCCAGGGCCAGCUGACGUUUGUUGGCUUCCUGGCGAUGGUGCGUUGGGUCGACACGGACUUCGCCGGGGUCAACGAGGCCGCCGCGCAGAAGGCCUUCUCGGCCGCGCACGACUGA